GAUCACUUUUACUUGAACAAACUUACUUUCUAUUGAAUGCAAAUAUUGAUAAAACAGUAGAGCAAGAAAUAAUUAAGCGAAAGUUUUCUUUUCAUUAAUAUCUUUAAUGUUUCUAUUAUCACUCAUUUCAUAAUUACAAAAAGCAGCUACAUGUACAUAUAUUUUGCAGAUGCUCAUCAAGCGUAUCAAGGAAAAAUUGAUAUUCAAAUCGUUUCACGUGGAUGAUUUGAUGAAUUCUAGUUUAUCCAGUACAAGAACUCGCUCAAGAAUCAAAUGGUUAUCACCAUAAAUGUACUGAUCAGAGACCGCAGUUUCACUUUCUCACUUGAUCUCCACAAACGUAUGGUUCUGAAAAUAUUUUAAGCCUUCAAAAAUACAAACCUCCCCACCUGUACCUUCAUCUAAAGAGAAAUGAAAAAACAAGAACAAGAAGAGAGACAUAUAACUUUCGAAGUAAGAUACCAAGAACGUCCAUUCGGCCAAGAGACGUAUUACCAGUCGUUACCUGGACCGACAAGAUCACAUUUAAUCUUCUUUUCUUCCUUCAACAACAUUUUUAUCAUCUAACAGUCAGAUCUAAUUACUUCCUUUACACUUUUUUUUUCAUUUCCAUUCACAUAUGAUACUGAUCGUGAAUUCUCCUAUCCAUUUCAUCCGAUUCCCUCGGAUAUUUAUUACCAAAAUUAGUGUUUGUUUGGUUUAAAAACGAAAAUGUGUAAACGAAAAUAGCCAUUCAACAGUUGAUUAGUUCAAUAAUAAAUCAUUAAAUUGAAUUUAUUUAUAAAGUAAUUGAAGAGAAAUGUACUUUUGGUGUAAAUUAUUUGUGAUUUACGUUAUCUUUGAUAUCACUGAGAUCAAUGCAAGGAUUAAGAAUAAUCUUCUCAUCAGACAACCCAUUACUCAUCGUCAACCAAGGGCAAUUCCGGAUCUAAGGAGAUUGUUGAUGUCCAAAACAACUGGUAGAAUAUUCAAUGGGAAACCUAGUAAACGAGGAUCAUGGCCAUGGCAAGCAUCUCUUCAACUGCUGCACCCCAAGCUAGGAUUCAUUGGCCAUUGGUGUGGGGGAGUGUUGGUGGAACCGUCUUGGAUCCUUACUGCUGCUCAUUGCAUUCACAAUGAUUUAUUUAACUUGCCAAUUGGAGCUUUGUGGACUGCAGUAAUUGGGGAGUGGGAAUUGGAUUCCGGUAAUCGUGGGUCAGUUCGAAUCCCAGUGGAGCAGGUGAUCAUUCACGAACAGUUUAAUAAUUAUAUUAAUGAUAUUGCCCUAAUGAAGCUGACCAGGCCAGCUCCACUUUCCAAAGUAAUUCGAACGAUUUGUCUACCUGAAGAAGAAGAGAAAUUCGCUGAUACUAAUUGUGUUGCUUCCGGUUGGGGUCGAUCUGGACCAUCUCAUUCAUUGUCUUCCAGUCUCCUUGAAGCCAAUAUUCCUCUUUUAAAUCUAGACGAGUGUAAAAAGGCUUAUGGUAACUCUGUACCACUCCGGAAUGGUCAUUUAUGUGCUGGUCAUGUUGAUGGCUCUUCUGGAAGCUGUGUGGGAGACUCGGGUGGUCCACUUCAAUGUCGAAAAGGAAAUGGAGUUUGGCAAUUAACAGGAAUUACAUCUUUUGGAUCCGGUUGUGCAAGACCAGGCUUUCCAGAUGUUUAUACUCGUGUUCAGCAUUAUGUUACUUGGAUAAGAGACACAAUGAAUAGCCAUACAAAUGUUUAAUUGAUAUAAUUUUUUUAAAUAGUUAAAUCUUGAUACCUCUUUAUUUGUAAAUAAAUGUAUAUAAAUAUUUUUCAUAUUAUUAUGCAUAAAAUAUAAGUCAAACUGCCAAUUGUAAGACAUCGAUCGAUUGAUCAUAUUUACUUUCCAAAACAAUUUUCCAAGUGAAAAUUGCAGAGUUUAUAUACGAUAAACUAUGUUUAAGCAUUAUAAUCCUAGUUUAAAACCGGCAAUCUCUAACUUUCUCGAGCCUAUAAGUUUUUA